AUGGAAGAGAUGCCAGUGUGGGUUGCUCAGGUAUCCCUUCUCCAUCUCGCAACCGUGGUACAAGAUCCAUCGGAGGGAGGCACAUCUUUCCCCAGUGUGAAUUCAGAUCUCAUGCACAGGAUCUCAUGCAAGUGUCUCUUCCUUUGGAUGUUCACAGACUCGGCCCCUCCAGGAGAGAUUCCGCUCCGGCUGGGGGAAUGGCCCCGUCGCUGCGCUGGGAGAGUCGAGGUGCUACACGGCCAGCAGUGGGGAACCGUGUGUGAUGACAGCUGGGACUUAUCCGACGCUGGAGUCGUGUGCAGGCAGCUGGGCUGUGGGACGGCGCUCUCAGCCCCAGGGGGGGCUCGGUUUGGACGAGGCUCUGAGAGUAUCUGGCUGGAUGACGUUAACUGCACGGGGACAGAAGCUUCCCUCUCCGAAUGCAAGUCUAGACCUUGGGGAGACCACAACUGUAACCAUGGAGAAGAUGCGAGUGCCGUGUGCUCAGAUUCAACCUCUCCAGGGGAGAUUCCGCUCCGGCUGGCGAACGGCUCGAGUCGCUGCGCUGGGAGAGUCGAGGUGCUACACGACCAGCAGUGGGGAACCGUGUGUGAUGACAGCUGGGACUUAACCGACGCUGGAGUCGUGUGCAGGCAGCUGGGCUGUGGCACGGCGCUCUCAGCCCCAGGGGGGGCUCGGUUUGGACGAGGCUCUGAGCGUAUCUGGCUGGAUGAGGUUAACUGCAAGGGGACAGAAGCUGCCCUCUCCGAAUGCACGGCCCGGCCCUGGGGAGACAGCAACUGUACCCAUGGAGAAGAUGCGAGUGCCGUGUGCUCAGAUUCAACCACUCCAGGGGAGAUUCCUCUCCGGCUGGCAAACGGCUCGAGUCGCUGUGCUGGGAGAGUCGAGGUGCUACACGACCAGCAGUGGGGGACCGUGUGUGAUGACAGCUGGGACUUAACCGAUGCUGGAGUCGUGUGCAGGCAGCUGGGCUGUGGGACGGCGCUCUCAGCCCCAGGGGGGGCUCGGUUUGGACGAGGCUCUGAGCGUAUCUGGCUGGAUGACGUUAACUGCAAGGGGACAGAAGCUGCCCUCUCCGAAUGCAAGUCUAGACCUUGGGGAGACCAUAACUGUAACCACGGAGAAGAUGCGAGUGCCGUGUGCUCAGGUAAUUCUCUUCUAUGUCACCUCCUAGCUGGUGCCACAGGGCUCUGUGGUGCGGGGAUGGGUGUUGGUUCUGUCACAGGUCAGGGCAGUCUCAUCAGUGUUUCCCCUCAGCAUCCAGCCAGGGCCCCCAAAGGCAGGCUUCCAGUUCUGGAGGCAUCACCACUAUUGGGUGGAAAGCCUCGUCCCUCUCUCUCCCGGCUGGGUUAUUUACAUGUGAUACAAGUCUUUACGUAUACCAUGUUUUUCACCACCAGCCAGGCUGGCCUGCUGUCUCUGCAGUGACUGACCAGAGUAUCAUGCCCCCCCUGUCUGUUACUUUGGCACCCAGUUCUUUCUCAGCACGCACACUGACUCUUAAGG